CAUACACAUGAACAAUCCUUUUACUGGCUACUCUCCAGGGAUUAUGGACCAAGGGCAUACAUUUGCAUGCCCAGUGAUGGCCCUCAUAUACCAAGAAUGCAUUAGGUUCGGACUCAGUGGUCAUACUUGGGUCAAGGAUUAUUGGACAUAAGGAUUGGUGCAUGUCAGUUGCAUCCAACAACUUGAUUGAUCUCGGAUACAAGAUUGUUACUCAGGACUGCUUGCCUAUCGUUGUCUAUUCCAAGUUGUAUAGUAUUGCUAUUUUGUAUCUAACCCAUUCUUUUUUCAUCCAAAGCAUUGCAUCAUCUCACAGUAAUCCAUUUCACUUAUACGGAUUGCCUUUCAACAAAAUCCAGUGUCUCUCACCAGAAACGCGCCCAAACAUCGAUAACCUCCCCCCAAACACACCAACGGCCACUGGCCACAGCGCCUCUGCAAUCCACCGAUUCGUCGAUAUUCAACUUCAGAAGCCCCACCCCCCGGCCUACGUGGUAUUCACAAACGUCCCUCCCAAUGUGGUUGGCGAAUCACGCGAUAACCCUCGCCUGCUUGGUCCAAAGGGACACAAGAUCUGUUACGACGAAGAGCUCAGACACCUGAUUCUCAAACUUCCGCGCAACCCCUCAUGAGAUGGGCCAUCGAGAACUCGCCAGGGAGCCGGUAGAGUGACCCAUGCAAGCAUUUCCAACGAACCCGAUGCAUCCUUCAAGCCGACCAACGUCCCCCCAGGAAG